CCCCCCCCGGCCAGGUUAUGUGCGUGCGGUAAACAGGAAGGCAUAUGCACAAUCCAUCACGCGCCUCCCUUUACAGGCGCGCCGUAGCUACCGUGUGGCGGCGGUUAUUGUUGUAGCUCCUCCCCUCAUGGGAGGUGGGGGUGGCCCUGUCCGGCGGACUCGCGUCGGCUACGGUGCCGCCCCUUUACCCUCCCCCUCGCUCCCCUCAGUAACUUGGCUCCCUUUUAGCGGGCGAGCCUCGCGCUGGAGAGUGCACUGGUGCUGAAGCUGCAGCGCGGGGAGUACGGAGUGUGAGGGGUGAAGCAGGCUCGUAAGGGGGAGGUGCCCCGCCGGCUGGUCCGGCCGGCCAGUGGGUCGGGAGGCGGCGGCGGCGGCGGCGGACGAUGCUCCGGCUGGUGUCGCUGAAGUUGGGGCGGCUUUACCGCUACGUGAAGCUGGCGGUGCUGGGUGUCCUGGCGGCGGCGCUGGCCCUCAACUCGCCUUCGCUGCUGGCCUCGCUGCAGCGCAACGAGCUGGCCGAGCGGCGCUUCCUGCAACUGAACAAGUGCCCGGCCUGCUGGGGCACCAGCUGGUGCCGCAAGUUCCUCAACGGGCAGCUGCGCCUGGAGAGCUGGGGCCGCCUGCGCCUCCUCGACUUCCUCAACGUCAAGAACGUUUACUUCGCGCGCUACGGGGAGCCCCGCGAGGGCAGCCGCCGCGUCGUCCUCAAGCGCCUGGGCUCUGCGCGUGAGCUCGCCGACAUCGACGCCAAGAUCUGCCGGCGCGCCACCGGCAGGGGACGCUGCGACUUGCUCCAGGCCAUGCACGCCACCGAGUUCGCCAGCAUCAACGGCGACGUCCGGCUGCUCACCCCCGACGUCGUGGAGGGCUGGUCGGACCUGGUGCACUGCCCCUCGCAGCGCCUCCUCGACCGCCUCGUCCGCCGCUACGCCGAGACGAAGGACUCGGGCAGCUUCCUCCUCCGCAACCUCAAGGACUCGGAGCGUAUGCAGCUCCUCAUCACGCUCGCCUUCAACCCGGAGCCCCUCGUGCUUCAGAGUUUUCCCUCUGAUGAGGGCUGGCCCUUUGCAAAGUAUUUGGGAGCAUGUGGAAGAAUGGUGGCUGUAAACUACGUGGGAGAAGAACUCUGGAGUUACUUCAGUGCUCCAUGGGAAAAGCGAGUGGACCUGGCAUGGCAGUUAAUGGAAAUAGCCGAGCAGCUGACAAAUAAUGACUUUGAAUUUGCACUCUACCUCCUUGAUGUCAGCUUUGAUAACUUUGCAGUAGGUUCUAGAGAUGGGAAGGUCAUCAUUGUGGAUGCUGAAAAUGUUUUGGUGGCAGAUAAAAGGUUAAUCAAGCAAAAUAAACCUGAAAACUGGGAUGUUUGGUAUGAAAGCAAGUUUGAUGACUGUGAUAAGGAAGCUUGUCUGUCUUUCUCAAAGGAGAUCUUGUGCACUCGUGUCACUGUGGACCAUAACUACUAUGCUGUUUGCCAGAACCUUUUAUCAAGACAUGCCACCUGGCGUGGCACUUCUGGAGGUCUUCUUCAUGAUCCUCCAGCUGAAAUUGCCAAAGAUGGUCGACUUGAGGCCUUGCUGGAUGAGUGUGCCAAUCCAAAGAAGCGAUAUGGUAGAUUCCAAGCUGCAAAAGCAUUACGUGAAUACCUUGGACGACUAAGUAAUAAUGUGAGGUAGUUCAUAGUGGGUCGAUGGUCAGAAACCUUUAUGAUGCUGAGACAAAGGCACAUGGACAAAUAAGUUCUGAACACCAGAUGUAAACUUUUAUGGUUCAUGGAGGAUACUCUGUAUAAACAGACACGGUUACGUAUCCCACUGCAACAUGAACUACUUUUGACUCGGUCAGAUGAGAAGACUGACCACUUAAAUGACUCUCAUCAGUAGGACUUCACAUAAAUCUGCAAAAGUUCCACAAUUUUGUGAGACUGAUGACCUAACUUGGAAAGUCAAGCUAUAUUGGCCUGUUAUAAAGGCUUUUAUGUCUGAUGUCAUUGUCUUUUUGCCCUCCCAUGCAUACAAUUUACUAAAGUGGCAUAUACGUACAUACUGGUCUCUCUCAUUGUUCCUGAAACCGGGGUCUAGGUUUUAACACAGUGCACUACAGGAUUCCUAUGCUUAUUUUAACCUUGAGUUCUUUCCACUGUUUCUUACUGUUUCUAUGCCUUAUUAAGAUGCUUAUAAAAGCAGUCUUAAAUACUGUGUGAACAUAACCAUUAUGUUUGAAUUCGUAGUAAUUCUACUGCAGGUAAUGUUUCACAAGAUGGUUAAAUGUAAAAUUCCAUCUUUAUUCCAUUAGGUAAGAGUAAUUAUUCAGCAGGGAAUCAUAUGUGAACUAACUUUUGACACAUAUAGUUGGAGGUUUGGAGUAAAGCGGUACAACUAAUUAACAUGAAGACAGUAUAGUAAAUCAUAAGCCAAAGAAAAUGGUUGUGUAUCAGUCUAGUCACCUAAUUCUGUACUGUAGUGACACUAACCCAUUGACUUGGAUUUGGUGGGUUUGUAGUUAUUCUUUAGAAGAAACUUUGCUACUAGUCAAAAGCUUAGGAAACUACAUGUGAAUGAGGAAAUGCCUAGCAGGCUAGCGUUUGUUCUGCAUUAUUCACAGUUCAUUAAAUCGCAAAUUCAGCAAAUGUUUACAGAACUUUCAAACAUAGGGUUGGCUAUUUAAUAUUACUCUUCCAUGUUUACUGUAGGGGCCUUGCAUUACAUUAAGUCUUUCAGUUGCAGUUCAGUCUUGUAACGUACCUGAAAUGGAUCCCACAAAUCAGAAGUUGAAUGAGAAAUUAGGUCACUUCAAAAAAUGAAUUGCUUUAAAAAGCCUGUUUUCUUUUCUUUACACAUUGUAGCAAUUAAAGUUUUUAUUGAUUGGAGUGAUGAAAUUCAAAGGCUCCUGCUUAUAGCAAGUGAUGAUGACCAGGUACAACUUUUAUAUUUACUACACAGAUUUACAUACCGCUUUAAUGUAAGAAUUCCAAAGUGGUAAACAACAAAGACAUACAAUAUAAAAAAAAACACUACAAAAAUGAAGUAUAAAAUUAAUUCACGUUGCUCAGUGGUGCAUACAGAUGGGGGUCACACUUCAGAAAAAGCCAGUGUGAACAAAAAAGUCUGAAACAAGAAUCUAAAAUAUAGCAUUGUUGACACUGCCAGAUAUGAACAGGACUUGAGUUCUGCAAGGCAAGUGCUGCAACACUGAGCAUCCUUGGUCCUGGUGACCUUGGAGCAGACCUCAGGAGCAAGAGGCACCACUUAGAGUGCCUUUCAUGAUGACCACAGUGUACAAGUUGGAAUAAGGAGGGUUUCCACAUUCUGACGAUGAUCAGACGAAAUUGUGCUGAAAAAAUAUCUGGACAAAUGGAGCAAAGCAGUAGGAAAGGGAGGAAAAAAGCAAUCUGUUUGGAAACUGUAACAUGCAGAUUAUCCCAGAAAAAUUGAUUUUUUAAAAAACAAAAACAAAGUCCUUCAUUCAUUUUUAUUUGGCCUGCAUAGUCCUAACAUACAGCUGCUUAUUGGCAAAUUGUGUUUCUACAAUGCAAAUUGAUUCUGUUGAGUUGUUGGGCAGCUUCCACUUUGAAGAAUUUUUGCUUUCACCUCUGAUACGAUGCCACAAACCCAUAGCACAUUAGGCAUGCUUGGGUUCCACUGAAAUAAUUUAGAUUUCAGAGUAUUGAUAUCCCAGUUACUUCAGAAAGCAUAAUUUUGUUUAUUUUCUCUGACUUCCUUUACACUAGCUUGCCACAAAAGGCCUUGUUUUAUCACAAGAUUAACUUAAUACCCACAUUUUCUGAUGAAUGAGAUGUAUGAUUGCUGUAGGCUUUAAACAACACAAGAAAAACACCACUGCCAGCUUAUUGAGGCAGUUCAACUGCCAAAAUAUUCCUUGUGAGAUUGGGGUUAGAAUUCAUUGUUCCCCCUUGAAAAAUGUGCUAAAAAGCAGGAUUCUAAUGAGAAAAGGAGUGCACAAUUUUCAGUCUACAGGGAAAAACACCUAUGUGGAAAGCAAUAAGUUUUCUUCAAUUUGCACCUAUCAAGUAUUUAUUGUACAAGGACAAUUUAUAUUUUUAGUCAUUGCACAUGAAUAAUGGUGAAAUAUUUUUUGAAUGAGAUGUUUGGGGUUUGUAUGUGCAUAAAAAAUGUCUUUUGUACUGUAAGUUACUGUAUAAUUUGAUUAUCAAAACUGUCUUCACUGCCUUUAUACUAAGGUUGUUUUUACAAAUUCUCUUGACUAUUAAUAAAAAAGUACUUUAAGGAACA